UUUGCAACCAAGUAUUAAAUAUGACAACUUCAUUUAAGAUUAUGUUAAUUUGUCCAAUUAGUUUUGGUCCCCUAAAAUUAAGUCUGUAUAUAAGAGUGGCUCUAAAUCCUCCAUGGAUCAAUACCCUCAAAUUAAAUCUUUCAGUCUGUACUUUAACCUCAUAUUAAUUGUUUCUUUUCAAAUCCAAUGUGCUGGAGUACAGAGCCAAAACAGAAAACAAUGCUAGCAGGUGAGGUGACUGGGUUGAAUGAAAACCUGUGUACUCUUGGCCCUCCAUGGCACAUGAUUGGGCACCACUGAUUUAGGAGAGCACAGGAUUCCAAGGCGUGUGCUUUCAGCCACCAUUUUAUGUGCAUUUCAUGCGCAGCUGCUGUAUACAAAUGACUGGUGCCCGACUGAGCAACGGAGUCGCUCUUGCACAGUGAGGCAGGGCGAAUUCUGACUGAAACGAUUCUUCUCAAGGUGAUGCCACAGCUAAAUGUGCCAUGUCCCGCAGAACUCACAACCCGAGUCAGUGCACAGUAAACAUGGGGCGCAUAACUGCAACAAGAACUUGUACUUCGGUUGGACAUACCUUAAAGGCCAGGCUGCUUGCAUUUUAUUUUACACAUGUCAUUAUUUCAUCUUCAGCCAGUGCUAAGCUGUCUGUGCAUUAACUAUUGGGACUUGUUCAGAAAGACUUUUUUGUCUACAAAUAGAGAAUAGUUUUUGAAUGUUGGAAGGUAGUACUGAUGUCUGAAGCUGUUACAUGGCAUUUAAUGAGCCUGAUGACAGACAAAGCAGUGAAGCAGUAAUUGCUAUAUUUUGGUUUGGGUCCUUAGGUACGUGGACAGCGAGGAGAAGCCUGACCAGUGUUCAUGGCUCAGAGAGACUGAGCUGAGCUGCGGCGCGUUGUGACUUGCCUCCCCGCACACCUGUCUGCUCAACCUCUUCCACUCAACGCCAUCCUCUACCUUAGAUCAUCUCAAUUCCUCUCUCUCCACGCAUGAGCUGUGCUUGGCUAGCAUGGAAAAAUGUAAACUGCCUCUCUCCAGCCUUUUCCCUGCUUUGAAGUCUAAAGUGUGAUUGCUUUUGGACCAAGGCCGGAUUCUGUUGAAGGUUUUGACAUGAAAAGCAGCCUUCGCUCUCAGGUUUAGCUCAUUGCCAGUGAGCCAGGACUAAACCAAUCAGCCUGCUGACUGUUGGAUACAGUUACAAGACAAAGUGUGUGUGUGUGUGUGUGUGUGUGUCUCUCUGCUGGUGGAGUGGUUCCCCAAUGACACGCAUCUCCAUUCAUUGUCAUCUUUCCUCAGUGUGUUCACCGAGCAGAUGAUUAGAGAAUGUGCUGCCAAAUAUUAAUUUCACUAUUCAUAUCGUUGCUUUCUUGAAAAUCAGUGUUUACUCCACUGUGACCCAAGACAUGCCAUCAGACAGCCAGGCCACAAUGAGUUAGCAACAUGGGCUUGAGGGAGUUUGUGUCAUUUGUGAAAUGAAAACAAGAUGCUGGCUCCAGAACAUAUCUUUAGCUCUCCUCAGCUGUGCAGUAACAGUUGUGUAGUUUAGUUCCCUUAUACCUUUAUCACGUUCAUAUUUUGGAUUCAUUGAUAUUUGAUAGAUCCAUAGCUAAAAGCAUCUAGCUAUGAUUUUAUAGUAACUGGAGCAGCACCACUGCGGAUGUUUGUUAAUGUUAUCAACCAUCUACAUAGUCUACCUCUGACAACAAUACCUGGCAAUUCCACUUGUUAAUGAGAAAUCCUCACUGAGUAACAUGAGGGUCCAAAAAGAGAGACUGGCUCAAAAUAGAGCACCAGUGCUGCUGCUGACCCCUGCUGCGCUGCAAAUGGGGGCAAGGCGAUGUUCACGCUCUGCGUUCCCCCAGACCUCACAGAGUUAUGUUUCUCUGUCUCUUUCUUGAUUGUUUCUCCACGGGGACAAAUCCCCUCACCAGGGUGAGCAAUGGAAGAGAGCCAGUGAAAGGAGGCAGUUUGUGUCGCGUUCUCGGAAACGACUGCCUCUUGAGUCACUGCCCCUGCCUGCUUCGCUCGAGCCUUUGUCAGUAUCAGCACCGUUACAAUGCGCAAAUUAUUUCCUGUUGGGGAUUAAAGCAAUUAGUCCUAAUAAAUUAUCAUCCAGCCUCAGAGAUGCAUUUGGAACCCAGCAUACAUCUCUCUCUCUCUCUCGCUCUCUCUCUCUCACUCUCUCUCUCUCAAUCUCUCUCUUUUUCUCUCUCUUGACUUUCUUUAGGUAGGAGAAAGGAACCAUUGUUCAGAAGCAAAAAACCAUUGAAGAUGCUCCACAAAGGGGGAAGUACGCUGGUGGCGGGGGAUAGAAGUACAUGUCCGAAGUGUUAAUCGGGUCAGUAGAAUGAUGAAUCGCCGUGAAUAUUUGCUCAGAAAUUCUACCUAGGCUCCUUGAUUGCAUUUAUACUUCUCAGUUGAUUGAAGAGUUUCUUUGAAGCUUUUUUUUCCCUGUCACCCCCACCACUCAGUUGGUGGUCAUGUGACCUUGAUGAGAAGGCGGGGCUUGGGCGGGAGGAAACAGGUAAGGGGCAGUGUGCUUCACACCUGGCUCAGGUGAGAGCUCUCUCCUCGGAGCAGACACCUUCACCCACCAGCCAUCUCUUCAAGGACUCCUCUCUCACAGCUCACAGCCUGCUCUCUGAUCACAUGGAUUCAUAUCGCUCUUAUUGCUAUACGUCUAUACAGCUGUGCCGCUGUGCUGCAUUUUCUACGUGGAUUUUUUUUGGCUGAAUGGGCACACAUUGCAUUAGGCUAAUGUUUUUUUUUUGUUUCCUUAUUUUUAAUUGGCUGGUGCAAUAAGACCCUACCUCUUCAGCUGACACCAGCUACAACACUUUUUUUCUCAGUUCGCAGGCUGCUUUAUUUGAUCCUGUACCUGUAUUGCAUUACACCGCUCUAUAUCAGUGUCUAAUCUGCAUUUACAAUUUGUACGCUCACCAUCCAGGGCCCAUUGUUGAGCGGGGACUGAGUGUGCCGUUCGGUUAGUCUUUCCUUGGCCCUCUCCUCCUGGCUGUGUGGAACCGGGACGCGGGAGCCCCCCGGACCCUGCCAGGAGAGCGGAGAUGUUCAGCCCGGGCCAGCUGGUGUCGGCCCUGUCGCCCGUCGUCUUCCCCUCCUCCGCGGCUCACUUCUACCCUGCCUUUCCGGCCAGGCUGGGCAUGCCGCAGAUCUCCAGCCUCUUCAUACCGAGGCCCCUGGUCAGCUACGAGAUAUUCCAGAGCUACCAGCUGCAGCCCGAGCCCUGCAAGCAGGCUCUGCUCCUGGCCACCCAGGCGGCCGGAUUGGUGGGGAUCCCAGAGUACGCAGACGAGCUGCGGCCAGUGAAGCAGAGGCGGGCUCGGGCCAACUACAGCAGCUGGCAGCUGGAGGAGCUGGAGAAGGCCUUCGAGAGCACGCACUACCCUGACAUCUUCAUGAGGGAGGCCCUGGCCCUCCGGCUCGACCUCAUCGAGGCUCGAGUGCAGGUGUGGUUCCAGAACCGCAGGGCCAAGAUGCGGCGGCAGAUGAAGCUGCAGGGCCGGGCUGGGGAGAGGGCAGCGGGCGAGGGCUGCCAGGAGGUCCCCACCGUGUCCCGCCAAGCCAUACAGGACCCCGAGAGCUCCGACAGCGAGCACUGGGACAGGAAGCCAGAGAAAGGGGGCUACCCCAGGCCCGGGACCCGACCCCCAGCGACGUCCGCAGUCCUGACCGGCCGCGUCCAGGGCGGGGCGCGCCGGUCCGGGGAGCUGGAGAGAGUUCAGGGCCCUGGCACGGACGAGUUCCGCUCCUUCAGCAUCGCCAAGCUUCGGGCCAAAGCCAAGGAGCACGAGGCAGAGAUCCACAGCACCGCGGCCAAAUCCAGACUGGAGCUGCUGCCCGGGGACACGGAGAGGGCGACCGAGCCUUUGUCUCCAUUACACCCCGUUUAACCUGCAGCCACAUUGUCAUGUGUACUCUCUACUGAUGCCCAUCAUUGAAGCACUGUGACGGAAUGGAGUAGAAGCCAGAUAAAAAAAACUAUUCUGUCACACUGUCUUAUUUGCUUUAUUCUUUCAUCUCAGCUUUAUAAAUUAAUUGAUUUAUAAUUUAUACUUAUCUGUCCUGUAUCUAUAUAGCUAGGUUGAUGCUGUACAGUAAAUCCCAUAUCUGACUUUUUAUGAAUAGAUGAAUAAACUGUGCAUUACAAUUUGUUUCUGGUAAUGUUUGCUUUUUGAUAUCUGUUCAACAGAUAGUAGUGCAGUUGAAAAGCAUAACAGUUACAGUUUGAAGUAAACAUUGCUGGUUGAAAAGAACAUGGAACAUCACCAUCAAUGUGACUCAGCACUUUGGCUGAACCUUGUAGAUUUUUUAUCUUCAGUUCUUUCAUAGCUAGAUUUAUUAUGUGGGGGACAUUUAACAAACAAUUUCCAGAAAUAACAUGACUUGUUUGAAAAGCACAUUUUUUCCCAUGUCUGAACUGUUGUACAGGAAAGCUUUGUCAGUGUUGUGUGACAGGAUAAUAGUGUUUUUGUUUCCUCUAGUUCACACUUACAGAAUUUUUCCAAGAAAAUAUGUCUAUAUAUAAAAGGUAAAGGUAUGUUUUCUCUGUCUUUAUCCUUCCAGCUAUGUGUAAUGUUCAAUGUAAUCAGAGGCUUAAUGUAUUUUUUUUAAGGCUUAAAUCUUUUGAAAUUGUUUUAAUUGUUUCUGAAUAGUCCAGUUUGCCUGGAUAGACACAAACUUUUAU